AUGGGUGAAAUCGAAGAAGUCAAGGACGGGAGGGUUAUUCGAGAGGACUCUCCCUCAAGCUCCCCUUCUAAAUACUCACCUCAAGAGACCUACGUUGAGGAGAUACCCGAACCGAAGAAGACCCUAUGGCAGAAGUUCCUCACACCGGGAUCAGUCCUCCAGAUCGUUGCUGCCGCUUUGCUAGCAAUUGCUAUCGGUUUGAUCGUGACCACUCAGGUCUCAGAUAUCCCAGAUGCAGCUGUUGCACUUCUCGCGAUUCCUGGACAGCUAUGGUUGCGUGCUCUCAGAGCUGUUGUCCUUCCCAUGAUUGUAACUGCAAUGAUCAUGGCUAUCCAGCGCCUCCGUACUAUGGCUCAAGGCGGUGGUAAAGCCGGCCAGCUUGCGCGCUGGACCAUCGGCUACUAUGUGCUCACCACCGUGAUCGCAGUCGCGCACUCCUGUCUACUCGUCGGUCUGGUGUGGUCGAAACUCAUGACUGUAGUCAGUGGAGACCAACUGCAGGUCGAUGAGAGCGACCAGGAGACCAUCGACGAGCGCGAAGCGUUUGAAAUUCACGAUGUCGUCGUUGACAUGUUUAAUUCCCUGAUACCAAAUAACGUUGUCAACGCCAUGGCCACGGAUUCUCUGCUCGCUGUUCUGGUAACUGCUGUGGUGCUGGGAUACUGCAUCAAGCCCGGCAGCGCACUCAUCCGCGCGAUCGAAGAGAUUGAGCAGAUCAUCAUGAGAAUCAUCACGGUGCUUAUCUAUCUCGCACCGAUUGGUGUUUUCUUCCUCAUUAUGCCAAACCUUUUCCGUCUCGACAUCGCGGAGAUUGGUGUCAACCUUGGCAUCCUCAUUGGCGCCACGCUCUGCGGUAUGGUCCUGCACCUUUUUAUCAUCAUACCGAUUAUCUUCUUCGCUUUUACAAGAAAGAAUCCGUAUACAAUGUGGAUGCGCUGCAGUCCUGCCUGGAUUACCGCGUGGGGUACGGCCUCUAGUGCCGCGACGCUCCCGGUUACCAUUCGAUGUGUAUUGGCUCAAGGUGUACCCAUCACCGUGACUAAAUUCGUCAUUCCCUUGGGCUGCUUGAUCAAUAUGGAUGGAACUGCUAUUUACUUUCCGAUCGUGGUGGUUUUCCUUGCUGCGACCCAGGGCAUCACGCUCAACGCAGCCGACUAUAUUGUAGUCGUUCUCUUGUCUACACUUGCAUCGAUUGGUACGACACCAAUCCCCAGCUCGAGUCUGGUGCUAGUAGUAAUGAUCUGCGGCUCGAUCAACGUUCCUGUCACCGGCAUGUACGCUGUCGUCGUGGCUAUCGACUGGUUCCUGGACCGUUUCCGCACCAUGACUAAUGUCAGCUGUGACACUUUCGCCGCAGUCAUCGUGACGAAAAUCACAGGUAUCGUGGAUGACCCAGAGGACGACCUUCAGGACGCACACGCAGAUGUUGCUCACGGUGCUAACCAAGCACAUCACGUACGAUUGGAGAGCUCACCGCCACUCCGUUGA